GAGUAUCUUCCCUUGUGUUUACUACUACUAGACUCUAGUCUAGAUCUAAAGUAUUCUAAAGCUACUAGUUAAAUCUAGUAUCAUUACUAUCAUAGUAUCAUGAUGUAGUGUACAGAGAUAUGUGAUUAUGUCGAAAAAAAAAACUAUUAUUGUAUACCAUAACCAUAACUCAUAACAUAGAAUAACUUAAGAAUGUGACAAUAAUCUAGAUUGAUUAAUUUUCAUUAAUUAAAUUUAAAGUAAAGCCACCCAUGCAUGGGUCCGGGGUAUGGCAGGCCCAUGCCCAUACAAUGAUACAUAGCAUACCUAGUAGUGACUCAUUUACUAGCAACUAGACAUAGUCUAGACGUUACUUCAAAAAAAGAUGAUUACAUCCUUAGCAUCAUACAUCUAGUCAUGCAUGUUAACCAAUGACUUAAAUUCUGCCAAAUCACUGGUUUUCCUGGCUGGCUCAGGCAACCCAUGCCAUGCUCUAAUGGCACUAGGGAAGAAGGAGCAUUAUUUGUACAAAUUUGUCCUAGCAUAUGGAAUGAGGAAUGUGCCUUAAUCCUUGUAUCUUUCUGAGUAUUUUAUUAGAUUUUGUUUUUGUAUUAGAAGAUUAUGGUUCAGUGCUUUAUGUAUAAUUGCUAAUUUACUUUUGAGUCUUCUACUAAAGGUGUUACUGUAGUCAAAUGUGAAUAUUUGUUUGUUAUGAAUCUCACUGCUCUAUUUUGUGUCUGUUUCAGUUUCAGUUUCUUCAUGUUUUCUUGAGUUGAAAUCUACUAAGACUACUAGAGAUUCUUGAGUAGUCCUCACCACAUCAAGAAAUGAAUCAGAUCUAUGGCCUCUCAUUUGUGGCUAGAGUUAUUCUCAUGCUGUAUGGAGUCUGGCAAGAUGCUCAUAUGUCAGUGAAGUUUACUGACGUUGAUUACCAUGUUUUUACUGAUGCAGCCAAGUUUGUUGUUGAGGGUGAAUCUGUUUACAAGAGAGCAACCUACCGUUACACUCCACUGCUGGCAUGGGUUUUAACUCUUAAUAUUUGGGUCACCCCUUUCAUUGGCAAGCUUAUUUUCAUAGCGUUUGACGUCCUGACAGGCCACACCAUUUAUACUCUUCUCCGUAAAAUGGGCCAUGAGCAUCACAUUGCUAGAAAUUGCUCCCUGUUCUGGCUGCUGAACCCUUUGUCUGCCACUGUGUCCAGUCGUGGGAACGCAGAGUCAGUCAUGGCGUACCUGGUCCUCGUGUCUCUCUUGUUGCUAGUCCAGGGCAAAACACUGUGGUCAGCUGUGUUUUAUGGCUUGGCCAUUCACUUUAAGAUCUAUCCCAUAACCUUUUCUCUACCUAUUUAUUUGUACCUGAAUGGUGAUGCUGCUGACAAUAAAAGCCAACAAAGGAAGUUCUGCUUCUGGAAGUUGUUGCUGCCCAACAGAGACAGGAUUUUGUUCUUUAGUAUAUCAGGUGGAAUAUUAGGAAUUUUAACAACUAUAUUUUAUUACAUGUAUGGAUGGACAUUCCUCUUUGAGACUUAUCUCUACCAUGUAGUCAGAGGUGACAUCAAGCACAACUUUUCACCUUACUUCUACCUACUCUACCUAACCUCCGACCCCACCCUCGGUGUACCCCUGUGCCUCCGCCUGCUAGUCUUUUUACCUCAAGUAAUCCUACUUGUGGCUGUGGCAUUGACAUUUCAUCGAGACCAGCCUAUGGCCUGGUUCUUGUGCACAUUCAUCUUUGUCAUGGCCAAUAAAGUCUGUACAUCACAGUAUUUCUUAUGGUAUUUGAGUCUACUGCCCAUAGUACUACCAUCCCUUCACAUGAAUGCUACUCAAUAUUUGAGUCUUGCUAGUUUAUGGUUUUUUGGCCAGGCUGUGUGGCUGUGUCCAGCUUAUUAUUUAGAAUUUGAAGGCUACAACACUUUUAUGUUGAUCUGGUUGGCUGGUUUACUAUUUUUCUGCAUCAAUGGCAUGAUUCUAUACAAUGUCAUUAAAAAUUAUAAGAAAAAUAAUUUUAAACACAUAGAUUAAUACUUUUUUUUAUCAAACUGUUUUUGCUGAAAUAUUGUUUCUUUUUUUUUCUUUAUGUGAUAAUUACACAAAGUCAUGUUGUUGAAAAACAUUUUAUUAUUAUAUUUUAUUUACUAAACAAGAACUAAAUAUCUGCCAUUUUAGUGUCCUAUAAUGUAAAGCUCAAUUUUUAACAUUUUUAUUUACUUUGGUAAAUUCAAAUUUGAUGAAUUUUGAUUUGGUCAAUGUCAUGAUUUUGAUUUUAAAGUAAAGUAACUUUUAACUUACUUCAACUCAAGAAAACAUAUCAGAGUUUUUUUGCUUCUUAUUUCUGCAAUAUUCCUGAAGCAUCGGACCAAAAAAAAAUUAAAAAGAAAUGUUUUUUGUUUGUAAAUGUGUGUGUGAGGACUUCUAAAUAGAAUUGAUGCAGUGCAUAAAAGGCUGAUGCAAGGAAGUUCAAGAUGAGAGACUGGGUGUAGUUUUUAUGAUUCAUAAGUCUCCGUCUCUAAAAUAAAACAACAGUAAAAACAAACUAAAUGUAUUGAGUUACUUUUGUGCUCAACAAAACACAAAAAUCAGUAACAACAAAGGAGGGUAAAUAAUUGCAUAGCAACUGUUGAAAAUGUUCAGCAUAUUGUUCCAGACAGAGAUUGCAUUGCUUCCUGAAGCUUAAAUAACAUUUAUGGACGACUUCUUGAUUGAGGUUGAUUAAUUCUUCAAGUUUGUUGAGUGUUGUUUAAUUGUUAUGGAGUGCAUAAACUCAGUCUUUGAUAUAGAUCCAUAGCCAAAAGUCCAGUAUCGUGAGGUCUGGAGAUGUGUUCAUUCCUUUGAUUCUCUAUGACCUAUCUACCGCUGUGGAAAAUGUUGAUCAAGCCUUUGUUGUGCUGGAAUACUGAAAUGAGGCGAGGCACCAUCGUGUUGAUACCAAUGUUGAUUGUCAUUUCUAAUGAUUUAAAAGUGACAUAGUGCAUUUUGUUUCUUGUAUUGUGACUGAUACUGAAGGUUUGUUCUGAUUGUAGUUUUGUUAGUUUUAGAGACAGACUUAUGAAUUGCAUUGUAUAUUUUAAAUAGUUCACUUGUGUUUCUACAUAUAUCUUUAUUGAAAUUGAAAGCUGUUUAUAUAUUCUCAAUAAAAUUUAAUUUUAUUUUGUUUAAAAA